GAUUACAUGGCAUAGCUUAGACCGCCAGUUCGGGCGAUACUCCGCAACCGACGACGCCGCUAUAACUAGUACAUACGGAUUAAUUACUUAAGGAGUAAGUAAAUACCUAUGCAAUAUGGCUUAUGAAGGUCAUGAUUUUUGAUCGUAUAUCAAUUUAAUACGGCCUCGUCUGCUCUUCGUUGGGAUGAGUCGUCGAAAAGUCCAACUUAUUACUUUAGGUACUCUUUAAGACCAAGUAAAAAUUAGAGACUGGAAGGAAAUAAAUAUAUUUAAGAAAUGGCGUUACCUUUUCCGAUUCCCUCAUCCCUUGCCAAAGGAUUUUCCAUGUCCCAUUGCACAGCUGCCGAUGUAGAUAUCAUUACAGAUAUAUACUACGAUGCUUUUGCGAUUGACAAACGCAACACCUUCUGGUGGCCGCCAAACAAGGAGGAUAUGUUUGCUUGGAUGAAGCGCCGCAUCCGCCGCAAGAUGGAUGACCGAAGCGUCCGACAUUUCAAAAUUACGGAUGACCAGACCGGCGACGUAGUUGCAUUCGCUAGAUGGGGCAUUCCCGAGGGCUACGAGAAAUCCUUUGGGGAAUGGGUCGGAAAUAAGGAGACCACCGUGGACGUCUCCCAGAUUGUUACACCGGGGGACGUUACGGGAGAGAACCCGCCAGCGAAUAGUGUAUCUGUCGAAGCUAUCAACCCCCCUGUUGCAAAUUACCCAAAAGGCAGCCGGCCAGAGCUAUGUCAGGUCUUUUUUGAUGCGCUGAAAGUCUCCUCGGAUAAGCACAAUGCGGAUAAAAUGUUGGGUCUAUCACUUCUAUGCACAUCGCCUAGAUAUUACCGGAGAGGAGCCGCGAAAGCGCUGUUGCUACCCAUGCUGGCUAUCGCUGAUGCUCAUGGCCUCAGGUCCUAUCUGGAGGCUACGCCUAACGGCAAAGGAGUGUAUGAGAAAUUGGGCUUCCGGGAGGUGGACCGGUUAACUUUCAACCUCGAGGAGUUAACAGGUAGGGAGGAAUAUGACGACCCAUACCAGAUCACCAUCAUGAUACGGGAACCAAGAUCGACAUGAUAGUAUAGGCAAGGGGCUACUUACCUCUCUUAGCCUAAGCUUGAAGUUCGGCCUCGUAAAAGCGACUAACCUAAACUAAAGGCGCUGGGAAGUAAAUAUAGAACAGCUGCUUGCUAGAUCAGGGAUGUUGCAAGUGGUACCGCAAAGCAGAAUGUUGAUCUACUGUCCGAAGAAGACGCGAUUAACAAAUAGGUUAUUUAGGUGAGUACAGUUUAAGACGAAGAGGGAGAAACUAGGUUCGCCGGUG